AUGACUUCCUCCACUUACGUCCUCUACCAAUAUACCCCGAGCUUCGUGGUUGCGGUCAUCUUUGCUGUCCUCUUCUUUUUGACCACCGUGGUUCAUUUAUGGCAACGAAUUCGCAACCACACCCAAUACUUCAACCCAUUCAUUGUUGGAGGCAUCUUUCAAAUUAUCGGAUACGGAGCUCGUGCUGUCUCUCAUUUUCACACAACAUCCACCAUCCUUUAUGCGCUUCAGACCCUCCUGAUCCUGCUCGCCCCCACUCUGUAUGCGGCAUCGAUUUACCGGGUUCUCGGACGAGUGAUCAAGUUUUUGCGGGGUGAACACCUGAGCUAUGUGCCGGUGAAAUACAUGACCAUCACCUUUGUUAUGGGAGAUGUUCUCUCUUUCAUUCUUCAAGGUGCCGGAGGUGGUGUCAUGAGCAGUGGGUCUGCAAGUCUCUUAGCUGUUGGCCAGUGGAUCAUUGUCGCAGGUCUCGGCGUCCAGCUUGUCUUUUUUGGUGCUUUCGUCAUCACCUCCAUCUGCUUCCACUGCAGAAUUACCAAGUCACCCACUCAGGAGGCCAAGGACUCGAUUGAUAUCUCGGGGCUUUUCUCCCGUGAUUGGCGAGGCCUGUUAUUCGCGCUUUACACCGCCAGUGUCUUGAUUUUGAUCCGAUCCAUCUACCGUAUCAUUGAAUUCGCACAAGGAAACAGCGGCUAUGUGAUUAGCCACGAGGUAUUCCUUUAUGUUUUUGAUGCCGCCAUGAUGUUCCUGGUCAUGAUUGUGAUGAACCUGUACCACCCCUCGGUUGUUCUGUGUUCUAGCGAGACCCCUAUCUCCACUGAGGUCAAAAUGACCCGCACCGAAUCUGAUGAGACGAUUGUGUAA